AUGCCACGAGGGCGUAGAGCCAAAGCAAAGACCGCCCCCUCUGCACAAUCAACUCUGUCCUUCAACAAUAAAGCCGCCCGGGUGACGAAAUCGAGCAAUAAACAAGAUGACGCAGUGAAGAAAGCUGUAUCCAAGCUCUCAGAGCCCGUGAAAGCGCAGGCCGAAGAUGAAGCAGCAGCAAUACAGGAGGAAAGUGUGAAAGUAACGCCGGAGCCAGAGGAGAAAGUCGUUGAGGUCGAUGUGGCAACCCGAGAAUCACCAGUCAAAACCAAAGCACGGAGACAGAAGAAUGCAGAGACAGCGAAAGAUGAACGGGAACUGGCGGCGGAGAAAAUCACAGACGCCCAGCUGGAGAAGUACUGGAAAGCCGAGGAGGACAGUCGGCUUGCUCCUCGAGUCCACCAAUCAACGCUGCCUCUCCACGAGAAAAUCCUGCGCCACUUUGAUCUCUCCUCACAAUACGGACCAUGCAUCGGCAUUCCACGCCUGCAACGCUGGAGACGAGCGAAUUUCCUCGGUCUCGAGCCGCCUAUCGAAGUGCUUGCCGUGCUGCUGCGCGAAGAGAACCACAAGACCAGUCAAGGAUGCGGAAAAUUGGCGUAUAUCGAUGAACUAAGCGGCGGGAAGGUCGUGCUCGUGGAGUAA